CUCUCCGGCGCUUGGACAGUGGAAUUAUGAGCAGAGCUGACCCAGCCUCUAUCACCCUGUCCUGAAUCCGCGUACUGUUCCACACCGAGAGACAUUAACAACCCGCCAUGGAGCUUGGUGUCCGCAUCGUCUUGGCUUUCCUCGUCCACCAGGUUGCUCCUGUGGGGGGCCAAAAGGAUGGAGGCCAUGAGGGCUGUGUACCUGGCUUCCAGGUCAAACAAUACCAGGUGGCGUUCAGCGGACCUUUCCGGAAAGGCCAGCCGCUCAUACAAGUCGAGUUCGACGACUGCGCGGCUAACGAAGAUGUGACGUUUGAGGUGUCGGACCCCAGCUUCCAGGUGGACGGGGAUUUGAAUCUGGUUCCACAUCAAGACGUCCCGUACAGCGGGCCGGUCCUCUUCAUCCAUGGGGUCAGUGCACAUGCAGACGACGUGGCAGAGGUGGAAAUCUCUGGACUGCCGGUCCAGUCACUGCACACGCUCAGGAAAAUCCUGGGUCUUGGCCAAACGCUGCCAUACAGACACAAGAGAUCCCUGCUGGUCCCUCCUAUGAUCGUAACCGAGAACCAGAGAGCUCCUUUCCCCAGGCUCAUUGGCAAGUCUCAUGUGAUUUUAACAGAGAAGUCAGGGAACCACAUCUUCCGACUGACAGGCCCCGGUGCUGACCAGGAUCCCAAAGGUCUCUUCAUCAUUGACAUCGACACAGGAGAGGUGUCAGUCAGCCGUUCACUAGACCGGGAGGCCAUUGACUCUUACAAGUUGGAUGUAUCAACCACAGACUUCGCUGGAAACCUUGUGGAUGGUCCCACCUUACUACUGAUCACUGUCAUCGACCAAAAUGACAACCGGCCCAUCUUCAAAGAGACGAGAUACUCUGGAGAGGUGCUGGAGGGAUCUCCCACAGGGACCACGGUGAUGAGGAUGACUGCAUUUGAUGCAGACGACCCUGCCACAGAUAACGCAGCGCUGCGAUACAACAUCGUCCGGCAGUCACCUGACAAACCGUCCCCGAACAUGUUCUACAUCGACGCAGAAAAAGGCGACAUUGUCACCGUCAUCUCUCCAACGUUACUUGACAGAGAGACGCUGCCGACCACAACAUACGAGUUAGAGAUCGUGGCUAAGGACAUGGCAGGAAGUGAAGUUGGCCUAACGGGAACAGCAACAGCUACAAUCACCAUCACGGACAAGAACGACCACGCCCCUGAAUUCACACAUCCGCUGUUUGAAGCGUCUGUGUACGAGGGUUCGACGGGGGUGGUGGUCAACCUCACAGUGGACGACAGAGACGAUCCUGCGACGGAGGCUUGGAGGGCCAUCUACUCUAUCAUUAACGGAGAUCCUACGCACAGCUUUGAGAUCCAAACCAAUCCAGACAAUAACGAGGGAAUGCUGUCUGUUGUCAAGCCUCUGGACUACGAGGCCACAGCGUUUCACACGCUACUCAUCAAAGUAGAGAACGAGGACCCCUUGGUUCCCGAUGUCGGCUACGGCCCCAGCUCCACAGCCACCGUCCACGUCACUGUUCUGGAUGUCAACGAGGGCCCCGUCUUCUUCCCCGAUCCCCUGAUAGUCACCAGGAUGGAAAACACCCCUGUGGGCAGCUUCGUGGCCUCACUCAACGCUACAGAUCCAGACAUAUUGCAGAUCCAGAGCAUCAGGUAUGCUGUUCUGAGAGACCCAGCAGGCUGGCUGAGUGUGAACCCAGUCAGAGGAACUGUCAACACUUCAGCCUCGCUGGACCGAGAGUCUCCGUAUGUCCAUGACAACAAGUACACAGCUGUCUUCAUCGCCACAGACAACGGAAACCCUGCAGCCACAGGGACUGGCACAUUGAUUAUCUACCUGGAAGACUACAAUGACAACGCCCCCUACGUUGUCCCAUCGGUAGCACAAGUAUGUGAAGAUGCCCAUGAUUUGAGGGUGGUCACAGUUGGGGGACGGGACGAGGACCUUCCACCCAAUGGAGCACCCUUUAAGAUAGAGCUGGGGAAACAGCCGGGUCUGGAUAAAACAUGGAAAGUUGCCAGAGUCAACUCCACACACUCCCACAUCAUUCUUUUGCACAGUCUGAAGAAAGCCAACUACCAGCUUCCGUUGCUCAUCACCGACUCAGGGGUUCCCCCUUUGUCCAACAGCACAGAGGUCAAAGUUCAGGUGUGCGUCUGUAAGAAGAACAAGAUGCACUGCAGCUCGGCCCACUCCCACCCCUACAGCCUUGUGGUGCUGCUCGCGACACUCCUGCUUACCCUACUCUGCCUGUAGAUUCUGCUGAAACCUCUUCUAGUCCUUUUCGCAACACUGAAAAGCAACGACUUGUCUCCCCCUCGCAACCCAGGCUUAGGAGAGAAGAAGAAGAUGAUGAUGAUGAUGAUGAUGAAAAAGAAGAAGAAGCGAGAAGACGUCUUCUCACCACGACAAAUCAAACAAGAAAAUACACGCAAUCCCCCUCCGGCGAGAUCGCCGAACAAAACACCGCUCUGUGUUUCACUGUCUCACUUUAUCCUCUCGCCACUCAUGUGCUUCUCUUCAUCUUUUCUUUUCUUUUCGCACCCGUCAUGCCCGACGUCAGUCUUGUUUCCCCUCAUCUCUUUUUACCCUAUUUUGACGUUUUUCCUCGGUCUGUCUCUCCUCUCUUCAACCUCUCCGCCCGUCAUUGAUUAUUCCCUUUUGGACGCAUCAUUACACAGGCAGACAAACACUGGGUGUCAGCAGCGUUCAGUGCAACAUCCCACCUCCGUAGGAGAUACUUGAAACAACGUGUAUAUUGAUAUUGUAACAAAACAAAAGUUGUAAAUCUGUCUCAUGUUCAAAACACCAGUUUUUCUGAAUCUUCUCACCCCAUUUCCAGUGUUCUUUUUUUCUCCUCCUUCCCUCUUUUUUCAUCAUAACUACCUCUCUUUCUCUGCCCCGUCAUUCAUGUCGUCCCACUCCAAGAGUAGACAUCGUCCCCACCAUCUUUCUGCCUCUCCGUCCCCGUCUCCCCCGUCUCUUUAUCGACUGCUCUCUGUCUCUCGGUGGGCCAGGAAAAUACUGCGGAGGCUGAGCUACGGUCCUGGUCGGGGAAGAGCAUCAACUUUUGAUGUGUUCUUUUCUUCUCUCGUCACAGACUGUGUUUGAUCUCGUUUCCCUCUUUAAGUGGAAAGAACAGUCUGUUUUCUUUGUCUGCAGUGGUUGUGGUCUUUUAGGACAAGGUGGUAGCCAUAAGCCUUCAAAAGUCUGAAACUCUCCGGAGUCGUUUCUUCGAUUUGCUUCUGUUUUUAUUGCAUUAGUUGUCAUGGAGUUGAAAACAGUAUAUCUUUAUAGUAACGGUGUAACCCCCCCCCAAAAAAAAAUUACUAUUAUAUAAAAAUUUUAUUUUUUACCAUUGUAUAAAUAUACAGUAAUGAUUAACUUAUGUACUUUGAUUGCAAGUUCUUUGGUCACCAACACAGUUAGUAAAUAAAAAAGAAGAACCCUUUUCUGUGGAUUUUAGGCAAAUAUUUCUAAUGCUAUUGAUGUGUUGACUAUUUUAUUGUAACAUGUUAUAUUUUUCUUAUGUUUGGUUGUUUUUUUACUUUUAAACCUGUGAGACCAUGUUACUUGAGUCUGUUUUUGAUGACUUCAACGUGUUUAGGUUCGAUUUUUGUCUCCCAUCGGUUCUGCCCUCUCCUGUUCUCGCUCUAUCGCUCAUUACAAGAAGAUGUGUAAGAAGAAAACAAAGGCUGUGGUUUUGGUGGAUAGUCUCGCUUUUUUCUCUAGCGCUCAUGUGGAAGACCACCUUAAAGAAAAAUUGACAUUUUGAAUGAGUUACGUCUGUCUUUUGCACUAAUUUAAUAAAGCCGUUACUGAAAAUUCCCA